UGAUGAUGAUUACAAGGGAGGUAACAGCCAACGUCCUCAACCACCGUAAGCUUCAAAAACUUAAAGCAGCAAUCAGUCAGUGCUCCCUCACUCAUUAGAAUCUGAACGUAGCAAAAUGUACACGCAAGUUUUCGAUCUCCUUCCUCCGGCCUACGGUUAUGUAGUGCUUGUUGCUGUUGCAUCCAUAUUUCUUAUACAAUGGAUGGGAUAUAAAGUAAUGCAAGCACGCAAGAAGUACGAUGUCAAGUAUCCCACAAUGUAUUCAAAAGACUCAAACAUGUUCAACUGUAUUCAGAGAGUCCACCAGAACACACUUGAAGGCUACCCCAUAUUUCUUAUGCUUCUGGGAUUUGUUGGACUCUUUUAUCCUAUUGUCACUGCUAUUUGUGGAGCUCUGUGGAUUAUUGGCAAAGUAAUCUAUGCUAAAGGUUACUACACUGGAGAUCCUGAGAAGCGACGUCCUGGAGCACUAAGCUAUGCUGGCUUGCUGCCCCUACUUGCAAUGAGUGUAAUGGUGGCAAUUCAACUUAUUUCUAAGUAAAUCCAUCCACAAAGAUUUUUUUUUUUUUUCACUUAUUGUAUUGAAAGAAAAUUAAAUAAAAUAAUAAAUAAAUAUUUCUUGCAAUGUAGGUCAUUAUUAACAAUAUUUUAAAAUUACUAUUAUUAACAAAAGUAGUAGUAUUAGCACUACUGAAGCAAGUGCUAAAAAUUACUACUGUUGUUGUUGUUAUUAUUAUUAUUAUUAAGGUGGUGAGUUGGCAGAAUUGUUAGCACGCCAGGCAAAAUGCUUAGUAGUAUUUCUCCUGUUGCUACGUUCUGAGUUCAAAUUCUGCCGAGGUCAACUUUGCCUUUCAUCCUUUCAGGGUCAAUUAAAUAAGUACCAGUUACACAAUGGAGUUGAUGGGAUCAACUUAAUCCCUUUCCCCAAACUUCAGGCCUUGUGCCUACAAUAGAAAGGAUUAUUAUUAUUAUUAUUAUUAUUGAUAGUGGUGGUUGACAGAGCUGGUAGAGUAGGCAGACAAACUGCUUCAAAGAAUUUAGUUAGGGUUUCUCUCUGAGUUCAGAUCCUGCUAAUGCCAACCUUGAAACUAAUUAGCAUAUUGGACUAAAUGCUUAGAGGCAUUUCACGACAGAAUCUGUCUCUUUACAUUUCCAGUUUAAAUUUCUGCUAAUGUAGACCUCCUGGGUCAAUAAAAUAAAGUACCAGUCAAAUGGUGUCGACUAAACACCUCACCAAAAAAUUACUAGCCUUGUGCCAAAAUUUGAAGCAAUUAUUAUCAUUAUUGUUGUUGUUAUUAUGUUUAAGGUGGUAAGCUGGCAGAAUCAUUAGCACACCAGGUGAAAUGCUUAGCGACAUUUCAUCAGUCUUUACGUUCUGUGUUCAAAUUCCACCAAAGUCGACUUUGCCCUUCAUCCUUUUUGGGGGUCAAUAAGUACCAGUUGAAUACUGGGGUCGAUGCAAUCCACUUAAAUUCUCUUCCGAUCUGGCUGCCCUUGUGCCAAAAUUAUUAUCAUUGUUCAGUAGUUUUAUUUUUAUAACGUGCUUUCACUUCACACCCGAGCGCAGCUCUGUGUGCCUUGGGUAUGUGCUGUGGUUUGCUGUGAUGCUCUUAUGGUUACUAUAUUGAAAGUGUUUUGCAUAGGAUGCGUGCAGUGCCCAGUAAUUGCAAUUUUCUGUAUGUUAUAUAUAUUUGCAAGUCCUGGUGUUUUUGUUAUGUAUUUGUCUGAAUAUUUUUUUAUUAUACCUAAAGCACCUACUAUGAUAGGAAUUGUUUCUGUUUUUAGAUUCCACAUUCGAGUUACCUCUAUUAUUAUUAAUAUUAUUAGAUUCUGCCAAGGUCGACUUUGCCUUUCAUCCUUUCGUGGUCGAUGAAAUAAGUACCAGUUAAGCACUGGGGUUGAGGCAAUUGACUGGCCUCCUCCCGCAAAAUUUCAGGCUUUGUGCUUUUAGUAAAAAGGAUUUAUUAUUAUUAUUAUGAGUAUUAUUUAAACAUUGUAGUUCUGUCCCCAAAAAGAUCCUGUAUAUUCUAUGCAAGCAGACAAGAAAUAUUUACUCACUUUCAUUAAUAUUUUUUCUCUCAAAACAUUUAAUAAUCUAUUUCAUAAUAUUUACCACUGCUGACUUUUUCAAUAAUUUUUUUCACCGAUGGCUUCUUUUAUUAUACACGACAACGACAAUAGAUUGCGAGUCAAUAGACACCACUACCACCAUCACCCACUCCAUAAAAUUAAUGAAUAAAAAAAUGUUUAUCACA